AUGAUGACCGUUUAUCCGCAAGCGUGGAACCUUCUCCAGCACGUUGAAAAGUUCAAAUCUUUGGCUGGCCAAGCAAAAAAUGGUGCUCCACCAUUGACUCAAAGUCAAACUCCUCAAGUCCCAGGAACUCCAUCACCUCCCAAUGCCACUGAUGCAGCGAGCAAUGCCAGUUCAAGGUCCAAGGACUGGGAGAGGCCGACAGGUGCUCAUGCGGCCAAGCAACACGUGAACAAGGAAGAAUAUAAAAGAAAAAAUCAAGCUCAUGGAGGCAACUCAUAA